UCCCCAUUUUCCUCUUGAAAACUUUGUGCCAUUUUCUCAGAUUUUGUGUUUUCUUAAGUAAAUGGCGUCAAAAAUUGUGAAGAGAACUCCCACAAAAUCCAUCAAGAACAGGAGAAAGCUCACUCAGCAAUGCUGCCGUAGCCAGAAGAGGUCACCCAUCAAGAAUGCCUCCGCCACCGCCACCGCCUCCGCCUCUGUGGUGUUUGCUUCUAUAUCAACAAGUCUAUUUAUGCUUGCCAGCGCCGCCUUAUCAAAAUUUUCACAAAAGUAGCUUGCGUUGCCACCCCCGAAGAAAACACCACAUAAGAAAAGGUAUCAAAUCCUUCAGAAAGACCAUGCCGACCCGCCAAAUUCUACCCGAAGAUCAAUGUUUAAUGAUAUGAUUCCUCUGCCACCGUUGCUUUCGCCCAAGAAGAAGACUAUUUUCCUCGAUUUAGACGAAACCUUGGUGCAUUUCAAGCCAGAACUGCCUCCAGAGAAGUACAAUUUCAUUGUUAGGCCAGUGUUUGAUGGAGAAAAGGUCGAAUUCUACGUGUUGAGGAGGCCAUUUGUAGAUGAAUUUUUGGAUUUUUUAAGCCAGAGAUUUGGGAUUGUGGUGCUCACUGCAGGGAUUUACGAGGAUGCUUCACUCGUGCUCGACAGGUUGGACUGGAGAUCCUGGAUAUCUCAUAGACUGUACCGGGAUUCAUGCAAGGAAGUCAAUGGGAUAUUCGUGAAGGAUUAGUCUAUUAUAGGGAGGGAUAUAGGGUGAGUGGCCAUCGUUAAUGACAACCCAAAUUCAUACGUGCUUCAGCCCGAUAAUGCCAUUCCAUUUCGACCCAUUGUCGAUGAUCUUGAAGAUGGGGAAUUGAAGAAGUUGAUUAAAUUCUUUGAAGGGUGUGAUUCUAUUGAAGACAUUAGCGAUGCUCUGAAGUUUUAUCUUGCAGAUCAAGAGGAGGAAAAGAAGGUAGAAGCUUAG